CCAUGACCGCGGUGUCCCCGGAGAUCCAGCGCUUGGUGCAGCAGCUCCAGGGCACGGAGGAGGAGAAGGUCGUGGCGGCCAAAGUCCUGGCGCGCCUGGCCGCGGAGGCCUCGGAAGUGUCGGAAGCGGCGAAGGAUGAGAUCCACCUGGAAAUCGCCAAGGCUGGGGGCAUUGAACCCUUGGUGGAACUGGCACAGCAUGGCUCUGAGCUGGGCCAGGAGACCGCCACACUGACGCUCUGGGCGCUGCUGACGGCGCAAGAGCGGCUGCUGACCGGCCGUGGUUGGGCGGAAACAGAACCGGAACCGGGCGAGGAGGCGACGGAGGCCAACCUGGAACUCGAGAUUUCUGGCUUGGAUGGCCAUACGUUCCGCCUUAUCGUUUGUGAUGGAAUGCGUGGGCGUCAGCUGCUCCAGAUGGUGCGAGAGCAAGUACCACCAAAACGAGGUUGUGCUUUGUCCUUGUGGUUUGGCAGUCAGCCCAUUCUGCCUGGCAGGAGGCUGAAGGACCAGGGCUUCUCAGACACGGCAGCUCUGAGUUACCUCUUUCUGCGUCCUGACUGCGCGGCCGUCUGGGCGGCCUUCACAAAUGGCCUGAAUUCUCUGGAGGCGCAGGAGGCCAUGGAAGGCAUGACGCAGUUGGCGUGGCAAGCCCCAGUCUGCGCACUGGAAAUGCUCAAAAUGCCCAAUGACCUGGAGACUAUCAUCUUUGUGCGUCACUUCAACGAGAGUUUGAAGGCCCUGACAUUACCUUCCAAUCUCCAGAACUUGACCUUUGGUCACUACUUCAAUCAGACCAUGGAUGGAGUAAGUUUGCCCGACCGUCUCCAGAGUCUGACCUUUGGACAUUACUUUAAUCAGAGCCUGGUGGGUUUGACUCUACCCAGCUGCCUCCAAAGCUUGACCUUUGGAAACUGGUUCAACGUGAGCUUGGAGGGGGUGGAGCUCCCCAGUUCCCUCAAGUUUUUGACCUUCGAAAACCACUUCAACCAACCCUUGGAGAAUGUGAUCCUCCCUGCGCAGCUGGAGAUUCUGACCCUGGGAGAUCAAUUUGAUCAGAGCAUGUCACGGGUGAAGCUUCCUGAAGGACUUCAGCACCUCAGGUUUGGCGUCCAGUUCAACCAGACGCUGCAGCAGACAUGGUUCCCCCCAGAGCUCCGGAGCCUGAGUUUCGGCUGGCGCUUCAACCAGGAUCUGUCGGGCAUCAAGCUGCCCGAGAAGCUGGAGACCUUGAUAUUUGGACACCACUUCAACCAAAGUUUGUUGCAAGUGGCCUUGCCUGACAGUCUGCAAACACUCAGCUUCGGAUUUUGGUUCAACCAGAGUUUGGACGAGUUCAUGCUGCCCAGCAAUUUGCAGCAGCUUUUGACCUGCGAUUUGAACCUCGAGGGUGUCGAGCUGCCCUCGCAGUUGGAGAACUUGACCGUUUCGGUGCAAUCCGAGAGUUUCGACCUGGAGUCGUUGCCACCGAGCCUUCAAUCUUUGGCAUUCACAAUCGAGUUCAACGAAAGCUUGAAGGACAUCAGUCUGCCUCAGAGCUUACGGACACUCACCUUGGGGCACCAGUUCAAUCAGAGUUUGGAGGCUGUGAACUUCCCGUGCGGCCUUCAGAGUCUGACCUUUGGUGAUCAGUUCAAUCAGAGCUUGGAAGACGUUAGGUUUCCAGAUGGCCUGCAGACCUUGAGCUUUGGGAGCAAUUUCAAUCAAUCGUUAGACGGUGUGAGACUGCCGCCCAAGCUGGCGCAUCUGAUUUUUGGCGACGAUUUCGACCAAAACUUGGAGAACAUCAAAUGGCCCCAGCAGUUACAGUCUUUGACCUUUGGUGCCGAGUACAACCAGAGCUUAAGGGGCGUCCGAUUACCUGAUGACUUGCAAAGCUUGACCUUUGGUGAUUUGUUCAAUCAAAAUCUCGCCGAUGUGGUCCUGCCUUGUCACCUCAAAACACUGACCUUUGGAGCUGAUUUCGAUCAGAGCUUGGCUAAUGUGAUAUUGCCGGAGGGUCUGAACAGCCUAAUCUUUGGAGCUGAAUUUAAUCAGAGUUUGGUGGGAACUGAGUGGCUUUCCUGCAAGCCUGGGGCUUGUUUCAGCAGACCGUUUCCAGAUGCUUUGGAGAACUUGACCUUCGGACUGCUCUUCAAUCAGAGCUUGGUCGGAGUGGCUUGGCCGAGCAAUCUGCAAAGGCUUACCUUUGGAGAUGCCUUCAAUCAGAGCAUGGCCGGGGUGACCUUGCCCAAUAAUUUGCAGAUUCUCACCUUCGGCGAUGCAUUCACCCAGAGCUUGGAGGGCACUAUUCCAAGAACUUUGCACACGCUGACGCUUUGCUGGUUUGCCGUCAGUUCCGCAUAGACAAAAGAUGCCAAAGAUGCCGAAAAAAACAGCUGGUCCCUGGCCCGGACGGGGCAACGGGUGUAAUGCUUUGUUAUUUAUGGCACCCUGACCUUCCAGUUACCUCUAGGUAACCAUUUCAGUUACCCGUGAGACAGGUAACCAAACAUAGUUUUCGGAACCCAGGUUUGCGGAUGUUUGCGGUACAGAUUAGAAGCGUGAGAAAACAGCUCGGAACCGUGAAAAAACGCAUUGGAAGGGUGAGAAAAGACUGAAUAGACCUUGGAACCAGUUGCUUCUAUUUGUGAUUCCUGGCUGGCAGCCUGGUUCAUGC